CUUACGCUAAAGGAAGGCGAUGCGUGAAAAGUUGAAAACACGCAGACCGAACAUCGGAAACUUACCCCACCGUCGGGCCGCACUUAGCGUCCCGUGUGAACAUUACAAGAAAGAAUAAUAUGACAAUUUGAAUUUUGAAAGUAGGAUAAGUUAAACGCCGGGUGACUUGCGCAUUUCACACCGGUUUUCGCAAGCUUUCCUACGACUGUGUUGACGGGAAUCAGUAACGCUCUGGACGCCGUGGGGGGAGGACGCUCCGUCUCUUGAAUCACUGCCCUGACGUGUUGUUACGCGCAUCUACAUACAAAUUAUAUAACGUUCAUCUGACUGUGUUUGUUUUGUGAGCUGACUCCGUAUAAACGACCAAAGGGAUGUGUCUGCUGAGAAAAUUUUAAGAAUGCUUCAAUAACGCGUAAAAUGUGCAAUGCGCGGACAAUAGCCCAGUGGCGAGUGAGUGUGAUGUGAGCAGCAUGCGGUGGCUGGCAAUGGUGGCCGUGGUGAUGGUGGCCGUGGCGGGAGUGGUGCGAGCGUGGGACUGCGUCUGCAACCCGAGCGAGUGUGAGGGCUUAGAGCCCAGUGGGUGCCCGGGGCAGGGCUACGUAGUGUGGGAUCCCUGUAGAUGUUGCAAAGUAUGUGCAAGAACGUUAGGAGAAGACUGCGGCGAGUUCAAAGGAACUUGCGAGCCCAAGCUACAGUGCAUCGAGGGCACGUGCACCACGUGAAGCUGGGGCAAAAUGGACCUUGUAUUAUAUGUUCAUAGAGUAGAAAUUAAACAUAUCUCAAAAACUGUAGAAUGUGAGGACCAGCUUCAGACCCAGACCAGGAAGCGUUGUCUCUAGUGACAAUAAAUUAGAUAGUGGCGAUCGUUUUG